GCUUUCAAAAGGGUGCUCAAGUACGACUUCAAGGUCUGACGGCUUCUGCAUGGAAUGGCAUGCGAGGAACCGUCGAAGGCUUUGAUAAGAGUAAAGGCGUUUUGGAAGUGGAGGUGAACGGUGUCCUCAAAUUGGUGAAACCAGAGAACUGCAUCGGGGAUGUUGGCACGGCUCAUAGUCAGGGUCCUGUCACUCCGGCACAGAUGAGGAUGCAGCUGAAUGCAGCGCAGCUCAAUCCUACAGGCCCACCAGCACCAGCAGGUCAUCAGCCAUUUUCGCGCAGUAGUGGUGAGCCCAAUUCACGCCACAGCAGGGCCGCGGGGCCGGCCGUGGGGCCGGCCGCGGGGCCGCGUGUUGACACCUCGCAGAUCCACAAGGUGGUCGCGAGGCCUAGCAGACCCAUUUAG